AUGCAUCCCGAGCAGGCUGCUGCUCUUCGCUGGGCGGUUCGUCGUCUGGCUGGCAGGUCUGAGGCCUGCCCAGAGGGCGAGCGUGUGCGCUGGGUGGAUUUCGUGGCCCUUGCAGGGGAAGAGCGCGGCUGGAUGGGCUGGCUGUCGGCUUCGGUCAUUUCCCGGCUCCGCCGGGACGUGCCCCUCGCGACCCUGCUUGCACGCUGGGUGGCCGUGCUCCGGCCAGACCUGGCGCUUCACGCCGGACCGGCCGGGCGUUUAGUUGCGAUGCUGCGCGACCAGGAGUGCGGCGGUGCGAGUCGCUCGCCGCCGCUGGCCACUGGCGUUUUCCCUCCGCAGCACUCCGAGAAG